AUCAGCGAACUCGGUUUAAAAUACGUCUCCUAUCGGCGUUCUCUCAGACAUUAUCUGGUUAAGUGUUGAAAAUGGCCAGUCAAGGCACAGCACCGCACUCAGUCAAAGCGCGUUUCAGUCGCUGGAUUCAAAAGCGUUGGAAAUCCCUGUCAUUCGCCAGACAACGCAACAGGGACACUAUCCGAGUAGACCAUUUCGCCGCUGCCCGGGAACCCAUCGCCGAAGACAGCGACUGCUGCCAAGUCGUGGGGAAAAAUCUGGAACCAGUUGUCCAUGAAUUUGCACCGGGACAAUUUUCUCUGGGCUAUUUGUGCGACGUAGACUGGGAACGAUGUUGCGUCCUAGUGGAUUUCGCCUGUCAUAACCGGCCGCCCCAAUGGGUACCCGUUGGGAAAGUGCGCCCGCAUAAGCCUGCAGUAUUAACUAGAGAGAUCCGUCACCGUACUGGAGUAACAGUCGCGUUGCGGCCGAACUCAGACCAACCGUACGUGUUCCAACCGGCGCGAAUCAUUGUACCCUCGGCUGCGGAUAGCUACGGCGGUAUUGGUCCUGUAUGUGUGGAAACAACGAUGCCGGGCGGUGGUGGCGUUAUUCGGAAAUUUGUUCAUCCAGUACAGGUGCGCGUUGUGGCGGAUUAUCCGGAACAUCAUCACCACCACGAAACAGACGAGUCUCUCUCUGCCGUUGUCGGAUACUGUCGUCUGCUGCAGAAGCAAACGGCGCGUCUCGAUUCCUGUCUGGGUGCGGCAACGAUUGAUUUACAGCACUUGCUGCGAGAUUUAAACGACAUUUCUUGGAUAAAAGUUGUGCGGAUAAAGGUGGACACCAAAGGCAUCCACUGUGUCUACACAAUACAUAAACCGGGUGUUUUUGAUCAAGCGUAUCUAGAGCAUUUGGUCCACAUGUGCAAGUGGCGUCAGACUGUUCAGCUCGACUCACCACCGCGUUCCUGCAGCACUAACACUAGAAACACUAACAUAAGCCGUUCCGUAACCCUCGGAAUGCUGCCACUUGAACUGCACGAGGGGAUCAUGCUGCAAAUCCAUGACAUUCACAGCGUCGUCAGCGUUAAAAAAGUAUGUAAAACUUGGCACACCAUUCUUAACGGUCGCCGCUGCAACCCACAUGUCGCCGUCGACCUGACUAAUUUACUACCCAAUAGUUCAAGCAAUCGAGAGCGAAAGUACAGCCGCACCCAUCUGCUGAAUGUCCUCGACAACGUCGUAACCGCGGCCACGGUGUCGCUGACGCUGCUAAACGGCAAUCUAACCGCGGAACUGGAUCUCUAUAUCUUUCAGUUUCUAUCCAUUAAGGUCACCCAACUGCCGAUAAUCGUUUUAAAGAAUAUUCGCUGCUUUCGCUCCUUGGCACAAAACCACGAGGAGCGACGGUUGAAAUGGGCCAACCUCAGUUACUUGAUGCAGGCUUGUCAAGUGUUGCGUUUGCGUGGCGUCACGAUUCCCAGCCUCUUCGGGCCCAUUGCCGGGUUGUGGUGCGCACCGGCAGAUUUCCGAGAAGACGUCGAUGUUUUCGUGGAAAAAGCCGCGCUAAACUGCGCUCGCAGUGAAGCGGAUCGUAUGUGGCAUUUCCUGCAAAUUUUGAACGCUGGUUGUCCGGAACUGCCCACGAGGGACGUAAUCGGCAUUAACGAAGCCUGCCAUAAGAUAAUCAUACGUAAAGACCAUCGGUUGCACGACCGACUGUGGCUUAUGCUUACGUUACUGAACGAACCGGUGACCCGGGAGCUGCAACCACCGCUAUGCAGACUCGCCGCCCACGCCUUCCGCUACUCGUAUCCCAUGGAGAUGUCCUCAAAUUCAAGCAGCCGCCAUCAGACACGCUUAGUGUCACGUGACCCAUAUCACAUGAACGGCGUCUGGGAUAUACCGAUAUCCCAAAACAGCUCGUAUAACUGGCAGCAAUUUUGUCCAGUCCCGGUUUUGCGAGGAUGCCAUUAGAAAGAGUGAAAUCUUCGUUGCUAAUAUUGCGACUGCCUUCACAAGGCAACAGUGGCGUUGCGGCACACAAUCCCGUGUGCUGCCUCAUUGGAUUCGUCUGACUAAUUAUUGGAUUAGUCUGCAUCAUUGGAUUAGUCCAUCGUUAGACGUUAGUGGAUGGUCCUAUCGACUCCUGUGUGUUUUAUUCUGUGGUCAUGCUGGUCAUGCAUAUCUUUUUGCC